GGAUUAUAUUAACAUCCUUAAAAAUAUGUUGAAAAGUUUCCUGAUACUUUUAUUUCUUGUUUCCGUAGAUUGUUUUCAAUAUACUGAUAGAAUAUUGCUUUCUAAAAUUCGAGCACUUACAUUUUAUAAGGAAAAAUAUACAAAAUCUUUGAGAUUUAGACCCUCUCCUCAGAUGGUAUGUGUGGGAGGUGAUGCAAAGGAUUUAUAUGAGUUGAAUGAAAUUCAAUGUAAAAAUAUAGGAAGUGAAUAUGAUCCAGAAGAUGUUCAAUGGAGUUGUUCCUCUAUUUUGCCAUCAUUUUAUAAACUUGGAAGAACAAAUGUUGUUUGCGAAGGUUACAGUGGUCCAAAUGAUAAAUACGUUCUUAAAGGAAGCUGUUUGGUAGAAUAUACACUUCAUUUAACAGAAGAAGGAAAAAUAUAUUAUAAAAAACAUAGAUAUUUAUUCUUUGAUACAAAAAAUGUCUUGUAUACGCAUGCUAAUCUCUUCCUUCGCUACUUAUUAACAUUUUCGAUUGUUUAUAUUCUUUAUUUAUUAUUAAAAAAGGGUAGAACAGCAUUUCAAAAUUGGCGUCCAGGAAACUGGUUUGGUGGAGGUGGUGGUAAUUAUCCAAGAGGUCCUCCUCCGCCUUAUUCAGGACCAUAUCAUGGCAAAACUUAUCAAUCAUCUAGAUUUCCAUGGACACCAGGAUUCUGGAGCGGUCUUUUAGGAGGAGCUGCUUUAAGUUAUAUGAUGCGUAGUUCGAGGGAACGCUAUUCACGUCCUAAUGAGUUUAUCUAUCACAAUAGAUUUUGGGAAGAUGAAUAUACGCGUCAUGAUAAUGAUGAUAUAAGACAAGAUACAAUUAAUUAUACAAUGAGAAGAUCUACAGGUUUUGGUGGAACAAGACGUCGUUAA